CCGCCAUCUUAUGUGCAGUUGAGUUCUCUCCUCACCAUGUCGUCUCACAAGACUUUCAGGAUCAAGCGAUUCCUGGCCAAGAAACAAAAGCAGAAUCGUCCCAUUCCUCAAUGGAUUCGAAUGAAAACUGGCAACAAGAUCAGGUACAAUUCCCAGAGAAGACAUUGGAGAAGAACCAAGCUGGGUCUAUAA